UAAACAGUAAAGCAAUACGAAGUGGAGACAUUUUCUACGACUACUGCUACGGCCUACGACUCUCCAUUGUAGAUGGCCCUUUAGCAUAAAACUUUAGCAUAAAACAGUGUGAAAACAUAGAAAACGUAUGACUCGUACGAGAAGUAUCGACUUCUUACAAUUUGUCAUCAAUAUAAUAACGAAAUCUUAGCAUGACUGGCCUUAGCAUGGACUUCGAGGAUGAUUUCUUCUUUGAGGAGGAUAAAAUGGGCAUGACAAUUACGUCAGGGAACAUUGUAAUAAAGAAAGAUAGCAGUAAUCUAAUCGGUAUAAGCAUUGGCGGCGGUGCACCACUUUGCCCUUGUCUUUACAUUGUACAAAUUUUUGACAAUACGCCUGUCGCUUUAGAUGGUACUCUUCAAGCAGGCGACGAACUCGUUGCAGUGAACGGAACAUCAGUAAAGGGCAAAACUAAAGUUGAAGUUGCAAAAAUGAUACAGUCCUGCGAUUCACAAGUCAGCAUUAAUUAUAACAAGUUACAUGCCGAUCCAAAACAAGGCCGCACUCUCGAUAUCGCUCUCAAGAAGGUAAAGCAUAGGCUAGUUGAAGGAAUGGGUAGUACUACGGCUGAUGCACUUGGACUAUCGCGAGCCAUUCUUUGUAACGAUGCUCUUGUACAACGAUUGAUGAUGUUGAAACGCACAGAAAAUUUCUACAGAGGUCUGGUCACACAUGCCAAAGCUACAUUACAUGCUUUCUUUGAUCUGACACAAAUUUAUAAAGUAUUUGGAGAUGCUUUUGCUGCUAUAGGAGUGCGAGAGCCACAACCACGCGCCAGCGAAGCUUUCAGACAAUUUGGCGAGCAGCAUAGGCAAAUGGAAAAGUUUGGCAUGAUAAUGUUGAAGACUUUGAAACCAAUAUUGAAUGACUUAGGAACGUAUCUUAACAAGGCGAUACCAGAUACACGAUUGACUAUUAGUAAAUACGCCGACGCAAAAUUUGAGUAUUUGUCUUACUGUUUGAAGGUAAAGGAAUUGGACGAUGAGGAACAGAGUUGCGCCGCGCUGCAAGAACCUCUUUAUCGCGUGGAAACAGGUAAUUACGAGUAUCGUCUAGUACUAAGAUGUCGGCAGGAGGCUCGUGCAAAAUUUGCGAAGCUUCGCUCAGACGUGUUGGUGAAGCUUGAACUGUUGGACAACAAGCACGUUCAAGACGUCGUAUGGCAGCUGCACAAGUUUGCGGCAGGUUUGGCCAAAUAUCACGCCAACACGCAGGAUCUGUUGUCGACAGUGACGUUAUUCCCAGUUGAAGUUGACCUAUCGCAUUCCGCAUUUCAAUAUAAAUCUACCGGGCCACAAACCUUGACAGAUUCAAGCGAGGACAUCGAGGAGUAUGAAUCAAUGAAAGAAGAAAAGCAGAGCAUAAAUGAGGAACUUCUUAUCGAUACAUCAAAUUUUUCAUCAGAUUCAAACGAUAAUACAUAGCAGUAUCUAUUAAGUUUCUAAAAAAUAAAUUUCGAGAGAAAUGAGAUUUUUUGUUACAAUCUGCAUCUACGCGUAUAUAAGGGCUUUUUAAUAUAAUUUCUUUUAGUGUAACUAUGAUUAUAAAAUUAUAAAUUAAGAUGCGUAUUAGCGCAUGAUGUACAUACACAUAAAAAAAUUUUUUAUCUAAAAUGCAAAGAAUUUGCCUAUUUCUGAAAAAUUAUUUGAAAACUGCUGUAUAUAUUUUUCUACAUUUUUAUACAUGUACUUAUAUGUAUAUAAUAAAUAUCUACAAAGUAGCAAGGUUUUACUUUUAGUGAGGUUAAAUGUUUAUUAAAUGUUUAGUCUAUAUUCUUUUUCACACUAUAAAUUAACUUAUAUACAUGUUAAAUUUUACCAAUUUUGUUAAAAAAUUAAUACUUGUUCUUUAAAAUUGCUAUUUUUAUAACUUACAAUAUUAUUUAUUGAUUCUCAUUAAUGCGAUUAACAGACAUGUAUUUUAUAUGUACGCAAAAAUUGAAAUUCAAUUAUUUCUGAGAAAUCGUGUCAACCAUGUUGAAAAAUAUUUUUUUAAUUUAUAUAAUAUAAUAAUUGAACAUUUAACCGCAUCAAAAUUUGUAGAUAUUUAAAUGUGUACAAGACAUGUAAAACCGUAGAACACGUGUAAUAGUUUAUUUUAAAGAAAUUUCUAUAAAUAUGCUAUUAUGCACCACAGUAUUCCUUUAAUGUAUAUUUAUGAAAACAAAAUUAUUACCAAAGCUAUUAUUUAAAAUAAGAUAUGAAAAUAGUGAUUACUUUUUUAUCCAGUGAUUAAAUUUUGUCAAUAUAAAGGCAAAUAUGUAAUAGCUUUUAAUAUUUAUAUAAAAGAUGUAUAAGAUAUUCAGCAACAUGUGUGGAAAUAAAUUUAGAGUUUUUUCUCAAAAAUAAUGCUAAA